AUGGCCGCGCCCUCGGUCCGCACGACCGACUCGGCCACGGCCGAGAUCCGCGACAUCGAGAAGGGCCUCGACCGCAUGGAGAACAAGGCGCUCGCGAGCCAGCGCGUCGUGCUCGACGAGGAGAAGACGGCCAACCUGCAGAAGCUCGCCCUGGGCGCCAAGCUCGACCGCGCCCUCGAGCGGCGGAUGGUCGGCCAGGACGCCGUCAUGCGCAAGCGCGGCGCCAGCGUGGCGGCCUCGGGAGACGCGGAGAAGGAGAAGGCCUAG